UUUUACCCUCUGUGCUUACCGGGGUGAUUUCUACCCGUGAAGUUAGCCAUUUGUGUGCGUGUGCACCGUUGUUUAUGGAAAAGCACAUCAGUGCGAAUCUAUAGCCUGCAUAAUAAAACAUGUAAUUAAAAAAAAAAGAGAGAGAAAAGAAAAUCUAGUGUCGGGACAGGUUUUAGCAAGCUAAGCUACAGAGCUAGUUGCUGCUACUGUAGCCGCACGGUUAGGGACCGACAAGCGGGCAAAGCGAGUUACGCACACACACACGCACACGCACACACACACUCUGCGAGGAGACCGUGGAGCAUGCUGCUCACAAAUCGGCCUGCAUUUGCACAAAAAAAAACCCAGCAGUUUUUCCGAGCAGCGAGAGCGAGUCCUUUUGGUUCUGGGUUUGUUUCGGAUGGAAGCGGUUGCUUGAUGGGAAGUGUGUCCCGAGGCAAUUGACUGGGCAGUUUUUAAUUAAAGUGAUUUUAAUUUUUUUUUUUUUAUCAAGGCCCAUAUAGAUGUGCCAACUUGUUUCUUGUACUUGCAGCUGUGAGGAUUACAUGGUUGGAGUUUGAAUUGUGGCAUUACAACCUUUUUAAAUGAAGACUUGAGCGUGUGUGUGUGUGUGUGUCUGUCUAUCUGCAGGAAUUGAGUUCAGCCUCCUUUUUUUGUCUUGGCUGGCAUGAAUCUUUCUAACUCAAAUGCAUUGCACAUAUCAUAGGAAGUAGCAUCCAGUUGACCCAGAAAACAUGAAUCAAUGCUUCCGUGGAAAAACAGGAAUUUUUUUCUAGCUUCAAUUGGGAGAUUGUUUCCUUUGAGAUAUUCCACAACUGGAGUUUUUUUUUCUUUUUUUUUCUCACUGCAUCACAGGAUUUAACCAUCAAAUGAACUCCGGUGCUGCUGAUUACAGACAAAUUGAUUUUUUUUCUUCUUCUUCUUCUUCUUUAACUGCUCGUGGCUGCAUCAGGAGGUCUGGUAUAAAAAGCCCACAGUGGCCACUUCUCUAUCAGUCAGGGAGGUCAGGCAGGAGGGAAGCUCAGGGGUUGAGCUCAAGGAGGCGCACAAAGAGAAGCCCGUUUGAAGCAGCUUUGUGUGUGUGUGUGUGUGUCCUCUUCCUUGGUGCAGUGUGUCAGGGUCGAGUCGGUCGGCCCGGGUUCGCUGCUGCUGGCUGCUCCUGCUGCUGGGAGACUUUCGCUGGGCUUCUCGAGCGGCUCCGAAGGAUGACCGCCGCGCGGUCCCGGUGAACGAACGGCGUCUCAUGUCCAACCGGCGGAAAGGAUGGCUCAUGGCAAAGUGACCAUCGCGGUGGACGAGUACAGCUCCAACCCCACGCAGGCCUUCACCCACUACAACAUCAACCAGAGCCGCUUCCAACCUCCACACGUCCACAUGGUGGACCCCAUUCCGUACGACAACCCCAAGCCGGCGGGACACACCAGGUUCGUGUGCGUGUCGGACACGCACUCGCGCACGGACGGCAUCCAGAUGCCGUACGGCGACGUGCUGCUGCACACGGGCGACUUCACCGAGCUGGGCCUGCCCUCCGAGGUCAAGAAGUUCAACGACUGGCUCGGUGGCCUGCCGUACGAGUUCAAGGUGGUGAUCGCCGGCAACCACGAGCUGACCUUCGAUAAGGACUUUAUGGCCGAGCUGGUCAAGCAGGAUUACUACCGAUUCCCCUCGGUGUCCAAACUCAAACCGGAGGACUUUGACAAUGUCCAGACGCUGCUCACGAACUGUGUGUACCUGCAGGACUCGGACGUCACCAUAAAGGGAUUCCGGAUAUACGGCGCGCCCUGGACCCCGUGGUUUAACGGCUGGGGGUUCAACCUGCCUCGGGGUCAAUCUCUGCUGGAUAAAUGGAACCUCGUCCCCGAAGGCAUCGACAUCCUGAUGACCCACGGACCUCCGCUCGGGUUCAGAGACUGGGUCCCCAAGGAGCUGCAGCGGGUCGGCUGUGUGGAGCUGCUCAACACGGUCCAGAAGAGGGUGCGACCCAAACUUCACGCCUUCGGAGGCAUACACGAAGGCUACGGGAUCAUGACGGACGGCUACACGACGUUCAUCAACGCGUCGACCUGCACCGUCAGCUUCCAGCCCACCAACCCCCCCAUCGUGUUCGACCUGCCCAACCCCACCAGCUCCUGAGACCUCAGGACGGCGGCAACAUAUUACUUUCUUUUCUAUUAAAUAUGUUCAGUUGAAAAAAAAAAAUUUUAAAUAAAAAAUGUUACUAAAUGUUUCUUUGCAAACUUCUCCAAGCUGUCGUUGAGAAUGAUGGGGGGGGGGGGGUGGGGUUAAAGGAGAACACCGAUGGUCUUUUUGUUAUCUUUAUUUCUAGUGCUGUGUUCCCCCCCCCCUCUCGGGUUUAUCAGUUUGUCUUUUUUUUUUUUCUUCACUUCCUGGUGGACAGCCUCACACAGGAACUCACCCCGCCAAAAUAAGUUGCCUUAGUGCAGACGAGGAGGAAGCCACAGCGAGGACACGGCGGUUCUUUUUGCGACGGCGAUGCCGUCAAGUUAUUUUCAACAAAAGCUGAUUUUUCUGGACAUGAAAUCAAUGUUUUUGUUGGGUUACACUUUUCAUAUCGGAUUCCUUUCUGACGUCAUGUAAUGAUCGCAAGAAAAGAGGAUAUUCACCCUCCUGUCCGACCGGAGUGUCUUCACAUCUGCUUAAAAAAAAACAACAACAAAAAAACGAUCAAGUCGACAGAUGUGUAAAAUGAAUUUGGGGGGAAACAGUCACGCCGGUAUUCUCCUUUCUCGGAGGGACUUUGUGGUUAAACAAUCUUGCGCUUGAUAAAUAUUGGUCAGAUCUGUAAGAUAAAUGAUGCUUUGUGAAUUUUGCAUUGGCCGGACGAUGGAUGCCAUUGCUUUAUGUUGUAUCAUCUAAUAUUUUUGUGUUUAGCUCUUUUUUUUUUUUUAAUCGUAUUUUUUUUUUUUUUUUGCAUUGUUUUUCUCGUCAGUUCCUCUUUUCCUAUUGGCUGACAGGGACGCUGCCUUAAACUAGCUUUAAUGUUCUCGGCUAGAGCCCCAACCUCUGCGAGCUCAGAGAAGUCCUUAUUUAUUACCCCGCAAAACAACACCUGACUAACGCAGGGACGGAAAGCUACCGAAAAAAACUCCCUUUGUUAACAUCUCGCUACGGAUUCCUGAUCUAAUUUGGAAAAUGUAUGUAUAAAAUAUAUAUAUAUAUAUUAUAUAUUCAUGUUGUAAAACAUCUGUACUAAAAGUUGUGUUUGACGGGGAAAAAAAAAUGAUCUGGUGCAUUUUCUUUUUUUUUCUUCCUGUACGCGCCUGUAUAAUUGACUUGUUUAACGCUCCCAUCGGACGCUUUUCAUGCGUUUUGUAUAAUGUUUUUUUUUGUUUUUUUGUAUCGACUCGCCCAGUGGGGGUGGACGUCCGUUUGGGGGUGAGAGAGGAAGAAUUGGUCACAAUCCAACAGGUGCCGUCUGAACCCAACAAAGCGCCUGCCUAAACCUGGUAAAGUUGUCCUUAAAAGUGUAACUGAUAGUAUUUGUGUUUUAAUUGUUUUCUUUUUCUAAUUUUGCACUGUGUGUAAAUGCAAUCUUGCUAGCACAAAAAAAAAAAAAAAUGUUGCCAAUAGUUGUCUCAACUUUGCCGCUGUAAAUGCUCUUUCUGUGCUCUGUUCCUCUCGCUCUUUCUCUGAUUGUAUCCCUCUUCAUGGAAAUGUUAGUUCUCUCUUUCAGUUCAUUGUGAUAUAUUUAGCUGCCUUUAUAUGCAAAUAAAAUUGCAAGAUUUUUACUUAU